GUACAUAGUACUACACAUCACAAUCACAUCACAACUCGCGACACUAUUAUUUUGUAGUCGCUUAAUUUUUGACUGUAAACGAUAUACACAAUAAACUACAACAAUGUGAAAGUGUUAAAAAUGAUUAAAUUAUAGCAGUAGCGCUUUUUAUGAUUUAUUUCCUUCUUUUUCAUUUUUUCUUUACAACUGAUUAUUAGUCAUAUUGUUACUGAAAAUAUUGUGUUAUGAUCAUAAUAAUGGCUUAUCGAGUUUUAUUAGUUCUUGUUCUUGCAAUAAUCAGUGUGAGCACUGAAGAAGAAACUUCUGCACCGAUGACUAAAGCUGAAAGAAUAAGUUUAAGAGAGGAAGCCCGGAAAAUGUUUUACCAUGCAUACAAUGCAUAUAUGGACAAUGCAUAUCCAGCCGAUGAGUUGAUGCCUCUCAGCUGCAAAGGGAGAUGGAAGGGCAUUACACCAAGCCGGGGUGACAUGGAUGACACACUGGGAAACUUUUCGCUGACGCUAGUGGACAGCUUGGACACGCUGGUGGUGAUGGGAGACUUCUCCGAGUUCAGCAGAGCCAUCAAACUUGUCAUCGACGACGUCUCGUUCGACCACGACAUCGUAGUCUCCGUGUUCGAAACUAACAUCAGAAUGCUGGGGGGUCUGCUGUCCGCGCACGUGCUGGCGACGGCGCUCAAGCCGGAGGUGGCCGUGCUGCAGUGGUACGGCGGCGAGCUGCUGGCCCUAGCCGAAGAUCUAGGACGCCGCCUGCUGCCUGCGUUUAACACGUCCACGGGGAUUCCGCACGGAAGGGUGAACCUCCGGCACGGCGUGCGCUACCUGCAAGAGUCUCGCGAGACGUGCACGGCGUGCGCGGGCACCAUGAUACUGGAGAUGGCGGCGCUGUCGCGGCUCACCGGCCGCCCCGUCUACGAGCAGAAGGCGCACAAGGCCAUGGACAGGCUGUGGAAGAUCCGGCACAGGACUUCGGACCUUAUGGGCACGGUGAUCAACAUCCACUCCGGCGACUGGGUCCGCAAGGACUCGGGCGUGGGCGCCGGCAUCGACUCCUACUACGAGUACUGCCUCAAGGCAUACAUCCUGCUCGGGGACGAGAAGUACCUGGCGCGGUUCAACCGCCACUACAACGCCGUCAUGAAGUACAUCAGCAGAGGGCCCGUCAUGUUGGCCGUCCAUAUGCACAGGCCGCACCUCCAAUCGCGCAACUUCAUGGACGCGCUGCUGGCGUUCUGGCCGGGGCUGCAGGUGCUGCUGGGGGACGUGCGGCCCGCCGUCGAGACGCACGAGAUGCUCUACCAGGUCAUGCAGCGCCACACCUUCAUCCCCGAGGCCUUCACCACCGACUUCCAGGUGCACUGGGGACAGCAUCCCCUCCGGCCCGAGUUCCUCGAGUCGACGUACUUCCUCCACCGGGCCACCGAGGACGACCACUACCUGCACGUCGGCAAGAUGGCCCUCAGAGCUCUCCAGCAGUACACCAAAGUGCCUUGCGGCUACGCGGCCGUCAACGACGUCCGCACGCGAGUCCACGAGGACAGGAUGGACUCCUUCGUCCUAGCCGAGACCUUCAAGUAUCUGUACAUGCUCUUCGGCGACGACAAAGAUAUCCCGAUACAGUUGGAGGACUAUGUGCUGACGACGGAAGCGCAUUUCCUGCCGCUGUCCCUGGCCCACGCGGGGAAAAACACUUCCUACUUCAGCCUGAAGAUCGAUGACGAAGACGAGGACAAAUACAGAAAAACGUGUCCGAACACGGCAUCGCUGGUGGCGGAGAAGGUCCGGCAGCCGAUGCGGCAGCUGCUCGGCGCGGCGGCGGCGCGGCCGGCGGCGCGCCUGCGCCCGCUCAACGACCCGCGCCAGAUCCACGCGCUCUCCGACAUGGGCAUCUCCGUGCUCACGCUGCCCGAUGGCAGGGUGCAACUGCUCUACACCACCAAUACGGCAAAAUCAUCAAAAGAUGCAGCAGAAGGGCUGACGUUUAUGCGCGAGAUGUCCAAAUGGAACUCCAUGAGCGAUGUGGAGAACGGCGUGACGCCGGUGGGCGUGGAGGUGCUUGGGCGCGUGUUCCCCGCGGGGCCGGGCCACUUCGGGCGCGAGGUGCGCGACGCGCGCCUCCCCGGCUCGCCCGCGCGCGCGCUCCCGCUCGACGCCUGCUCGCCGCUCGACAACGCCGCCGACCUGCAGGGCAAGUUUGCCGUCGCGCUACGCGGCCACUGCACGUUCGCUCAGAAAGUCAGAAAUAUACAAAACGCCGGCGCCAAGCUCGCCAUCGUCGUCGAUAACGUGCCCGACUCCACGCACACUGUCACCGCCAUGUUCGCCAUGUCCGGCGACGGCAAGGACGACAUCGAGAUACCGGCCGUGUUCCUCUUCACUCUGGAGGGUGAAUUCCUACUGGAGUCCAUGAGGGAGAACCCCGAAUUAAUAGUCACCGUCGGCGAGCUGAAAUCGCUCAAAAGGCAGUACGAAAACACUUGCGAGGACGACAAUUGUGAGGCCGUUUUGGAAACGUCGAGCGGGCCCUCGGAGUCGGAAUCGUUUGAUCACCUAAAAAAAGUACUUAGCCAGUUAGUGGCGCAGUUUGAACUGUCUUUAUCGCACGACGAGAGCGGCGGCGGCGCGGCCGAGCAGCGCUGCGGCAGCGAGGUGCGCGAGCAGCCGUUCCUGAGCGAAAAACUCAUCGAAAGCCACAUAGAAGGAACGGCUGUUCCCGUCCACGAAGAUACAACCCCUGACACACAAAACGACGUCUCCGACGAAACGUUACAAGUUAAAACACAUGUAAAUAAACCUGACGACCUUUGAUAGAGUCUAUGAUUAUAGCAAUUUGUAUAAAGUGAUGUAAAAUAUUGUAUAUAUUAUUUGUAAGAUUUAACGUAAGGUUAACACAAGGAUCCGUUGACGUAUCUUUAACAUAAGUUAUAAAAUAAAACGACUGUUGUGGCGAAUUCAAUGGCAAGUUCAAUGCAAAAAUGACGCAGCAAUUUCCAUAUGUAUACGAAUAUUUCUCGCUUGCUCUGAUCCGCCGUUGGGACGCAUCGGCAUUCCUUAUAACGCCUCCUAGAUAUCAAGUCAACGUCUUGUUUAUUUAUCGAUACAAACUUAGAACGUGUGCAGCGUCUUAUUUGUUGAUUUUUAUAGGAACAUUAUUUUGUGUUUAACUUAUCGCCUGCAUGCAUGAGCGGCACGAUCCUUUACGUCGACGUAAAGCAUCCGUCUCUAAAUAGCAAGUAUGUAUGUAUUACUGCGCCCACAUUGGCUGUUAUAAAUAUUAUCUCCCUUAUUCAUAAACUUUCACUAAAGUUAUCAAGUCGAUAAAAUCCCUUUCUAUCACACCCAUACGUCGAACUUUAGUGAACGUUUAUGAAUAAGGGGGUAUAUGUGUAACGUAAUAGAUUUGACAGUGUUUGAUUAUGCUGUCCCUGUCACACAAUGUAAUACAUCAUUUUAUAACAGCAGAUGUAGAAGCGCCAUAAAUGUGAGAAGGAUGAAUGCUAGUACGCAGGACACAAAAUGCUAACGAGUCUGCCGGCCAAGCCAAAAAUCGCUAUUGAUUCGCCAACGAAACGUUUCAUGCUUCUCUAACACUCUCAGUUGCGUUUCGAUUGCUAUGGAGUGUCAGUGAUUGCCACAUUUGAAAUAAACGUACCUAAUCCGUUUCCUUGGACCUUGUUAUAUUUAUACAUAAGUUUUAUUUAUUUGUACACAAUAUGUUUGCUCUUGUCGUCGAUGUUAUAUUAUGCUGUUAGUUGUGUAAUACAACAAAAAACAUCAUUUUUAUUAACAAUAGUCUACACUGUCUACAGAGAAAAUAAAAUAAAAGUACUUUUAAACAUG